CCCCAUUUAUUUUCCCCAGGAUUUAACCCCCCGCAAACUUCCUGGCUUUUCGGAUCUCACGGGCUGCUUCAAGGCCCUCCGGGAUCCCGCCCAGGGCAGAGUCCAGAGGACACCCGCGAGGAGGAGGAGGAGAAUGUUUCGGACCUUCGCCGCCUUCUCACGACCCGGGUCAGGCAGCCAGCGUCUCGUCAGGAUGAGCAGCGCCGGCGGCGCCCUCCCGCGAGGGAAGCUGGCCGACAAGGUGGCCCUGGUCACGGCCUCCACCGAGGGAAUUGGCUUCGCGAUUGCCCGCCGCAUGGCUCAAGAUGGGGCCCACGUGGUCAUAAGCAGCCGAAAACAGGCAAACGUGGACCGAGCGGUGGACGAAUUACAGAAGGAGAACCUCAGCGUGUCGGGGUUGGUGUGCCACGUGGGGAAAGCGGAAGACAGGCAGCGCCUCAUUGAUGCGGCCCUGGAACGCCACGGAGGAAUCGAUAUCUUGGUAUCGAACGCAGCUGUGAACCCCUUUAUGGGCAGCCUCCUUGAUGUCACAGAAGAAGUAUGGGAUAAGAUUCUGGAUGUCAACAUAAAGGCGACCGCCUUACUGGUUAACAAGGUGGUCCCUCAUAUGGAGAAGAGGGGAGGUGGCUCCAUAGUUAUUGUCUCCUCCGUCGCUGCAUAUUCCCCCUUUCCGGCUUUGGGUCCUUACAACGUCAGCAAGACAGCCCUUCUGGGCCUCACCCGCAACCUGGCCUUGGAACUGACCGCCAGGAACAUCCGUGUCAACUGCCUCGCACCCGGCUUGAUCCGCACCAAGUUCAGCUCAGUGCUGUGGCAGGACAAAGCGACAGGUGAUAAAUUGAUGGAGUCCAUGCGGAUACACAGGAUUGGAGAGCCGUCUGACUGCGCUGGCAUUGUCUCCUUCCUUUGUUCCUCUGAUGCUGACUACAUUACAGGGGAGACGGUGGUGGUGGCCGGAGGGUCGCCCUCCCGCCUCUGAUGUGUGUUGGGUCCGUGGCCUGGUCUGCCUCCCUUCCCGAGAACACAGAUGGACUGAAGACCUCCUGCAAAUCAGGAAUAACAUACGGAGACAUCCGUGCCAGGGAGAGGUUUCAUAGUGUCUAAGAGAUUGCAUAUGUCAAUGGAGGAACAGGGAAUGUAUGUUUGUGGGUUGGGGGCUGGCUCCCCCCUAAGGGGAGCAGGGGGUUGGGCUCAGUGGCAUGAGAGGUCCCUUCCAAUUCAGUUAGUCUAUGAUUCUAUGAGAGGUGAUAAAACAAGAUGGAGACCUGUCUUCAAGACAAUAUAAAUGGGAUGGGAUAAAGCAAGAUUGGAUCUUAUUUUGAACCCAUGUCUAAAUCUUUGGGGUGGGGAGAGAAUCAUGUGGCCCUGAAACCAUUUUGAUCCCCCUCCCAAGCUCCCUGCAGUAAACUUUGGACGAGAGGCAAAACUAGUGAAUUCCCAAAUCUGGGAGCAUCCCAAAAUGGAAAAUCAACUUUGGAAUGAUUUCUAGGCCUCCCAAACACACACCUUCUAAAAAUCUCACCUUUCCCUUGCCUCUAUUCUCCAGAGUGACAAAUGGUGAUCUGGUCACUUUUCUUUUCUUUUCUUUCUUUCCUCUUUAAUUGUUGGUCAGGGGGAGAGCCGGCGGAUGGUCCUGACGGGUGGGUGGGGGCCCAAAAAUCAGCCCCCAGGCCUGACACACUUUUGCUCUGAAUGUUGAACGAUGUAUGUUUUGCGGGUCCGGGGAGAUUCCUUGGGGAACUCCUUUUGAGAAGAGGGUGGGGGUGGCUAGCAUGGAUUUGGGGAGAGCCACCCCCUUUUUUUUAACAGAAGGGCUGGGAUGCAGGAAGUUUUUGGGUGAGGGAUGGGGAGGACAGCCUGUGGCAUAGCAUUUCUAUGUCAUCCUUCUGUGCCUUAUACUGUAUUUGAGCCGAAAUAAAAGUGUCUGUUUGACUGAA